AUGUCCAACGUCCUUGUCUACCCGAGGCAGAACGCACCUGCCCCAACAGAUGGCUCCAACAGCAACAACAACAACAAUAAUAACAGCGGCCCCACCAGUUCGCCGCUGCUUUUCUUCGUUGCCCUGGGUUUCGGUGUCGUCUUCACAAACUUAUGGAUUAUCGUCGGCGUCAAGUAUUGCUUCCGGUAUAAUCGCCGUCGCGCGGCCCAGGCUGCCGCAGAUGGCGAACCAAUUGACAUGACCAACAUGCCUCGCCCGCACAGGAGGAGGAGGGAGAAGAAGCUGAUGACCAUGGACGAGGUCAACGAGCGAUUCCCACUGGCAAAGUAUAAGCAAUGGAAGUCAAGUCGCGAGACCGAGGGUUUGCCAGCCAACGGCGGCAUCGCGACUGCGCCCCAGAGCAGAGCAGCAAGCUUGAAGGAUGUCGAGGGCGUCAUUAGUGCGCAGGACGAAGGCCCAGGACCGAGAACCGACACUGCACUCUCAAUGGCCCGCAACGAUCUCAACGCUCCGAACUCCUCUACCCAGCCUGCAGCCUCCCCGAGAACGAGCAUGGAAAGCAAGAAGAGCCAUCACGUGCAGGACGCCGAGAAGCAAGCCGAGGUCAAGCUGGACACAGAGAAGACGGACAAGGCUCAAGGGCAGAGUGCUAUCCCACAGGCAAACGUGCGCGAGCGUGAGGACGAUUCAGAUGACGAUGAAGAGGAUCCCAUACGCACUGCUGCUGCACCAGAAAUGUUGGCAGAGCCAGGAGACACAUGCGCCAUCUGCCUGGACACCUUGGAAGAUGACGACGAUGUACGCGGAUUGACUUGUGGCCAUGCCUUCCACGCCAGCUGUGUUGACCCAUGGCUGACGAGCCGCCGUGCCUGCUGCCCUCUCUGCAAAGCUGAUUACUACGUUCCGAAGCCUCGUCCCGAAGGCGAAGUCGAUCCUGUUACUGGUCGCCGUUCAGUCGCCGGUCUUCGGUCGCCACCGCAGGCCGUUUGGACGACUAGCAACCCCUUCUCUAGGUCUCGCGUUAUGGUCAUCAAUGCAGACUACCAGCAGCGACAAGGUGUUGACCGGUUCGGGCGGUUGACUCGGCCUACUCGCCGUGAGCGUGUACAUGGGGAUGCAUCGCAAGUGACUAGGCAGACUGGCGAUAACCAAGGCUGGCUAUCCAGGAUGACGCCCAAUCGAACACAGGGCUCUCCCUUCUCAAGCUGGUUUGGUCGUAACCGUGGCGCUGCUAGCACUGCAGACGCUUCUGUCCCACAGCAGCCAACUCCGGGACAACUCGAGGCUGGUAACCGGUAG